AUGGGUUGCUCCGUUGGCUUCACAGUUGUUCUUGAGAGCGGUCCAUCAAAAUACAUUCUCUCUAUGUUCCCCUAUCCAUCCGGCAACCUGCACAUGGGCCACAUGCGAGUCUACACGAUCUCAGAUGUCACCGCAAGAUAUUUCCGGUUGAACGGGUUCAAUGUAAUUCAUCCAAUUGGAUGGGAUGCUUUUGGAUUGCCAGCAGAGAACGCAGCUCGGGAACGUGGCGUCGAUCCACGGCAAUGGACGUUAUCGUGGGUUAAGUCAGGUCGUUUUUCGGAGUAG